AUGGAUGAUGCUAGAGGUCCACCAAAAAGAAUUAGAAGAAAUCGCCAAUCUCCUAAUAUUUUGACCAGAUCUUCUACAUCUUCCUCCAAUUCAAGACACACUAAUGGAGUUGUUACUGAGGAUAAUCCAGCAUUUCCCUUUCAGCCAGUGUUUAAUAUUCAAGCACCUAAUAGAAAUGAAAGUUCAUUAGAGAGUGCAAAUAUGGGUUUCCAGAGAUACUAUAAUGAAACAGUUGGCAUAAGGUUUAUCAAUCCUUUUUCUUCUUUCCGUCAACAACAUCGUCGUUAUGAUCUUCCAACAAUUUCUAUGCAUGGAGUUCCUCCAAAUCCUCCACCUGGUGCUAUGAUCCCUCCACAGGACAUGGCUAUUUUAAAUGGAGAAGUCGAAAAUCAGCUUGAUCCAUAUCGAGGAAUGCGCUUGAAUAUUGAGGAAAUGUCUUAUGAGGAACUUCUUGCACUUGGUGAGAAUAUUGGUAGUGUUAACACUAGUUUAUCUGAGGAAACAAUUACUGCUCUACUGAAGACAAAAGAAUACACACCAAAACCCAUUAUUAUUAAUUUGGAAGAAUUACCAUCUGACGAUCAAGAAUCUGAUGCUUGCAUUAUCUGUCAAGAAGAAUUUGAGAGUAAAGAAAAUGUUGGAAUUCUUGCAUGCGAUCAUGUGUUUCACGUCGGGUGCAUAACACAAUGGUUGUUGAUAAAAAAUAAGUGUCCAAUCUGCAAAUCUGAAGCUUUGACUCCUACAAAGGUUGAAUAG